AGACAUACCUGAUCUUCUUACUCGGUCUACGUGCAAGAAAUCAUGGGAGGAGUCGAAGCGAGACAUAUAGUCUCUGACCAUGACUUCAGCUUUCAGCAACACGUUGUUAGCACUCAUAAAAGUUAGAAGAAACGAAAAGAAAGUUGUCGGUGUUGCAGCACGGUCAAGUUGGGAAGACCAAGUAUUGUUUCCAAAAACAGCCAGCCAAUGAGAUUUCGUGAGCAUUAGCACCGAACCAUGGUCCGCAAAAUCCAAACUCACCCACAGCAUUUUGACCUUGCUCUCAUUUUCUGGAUGGAUUACGUAUACGCCAAUCAGCCUCAGUCGCCUGGAAGUUCUGUCGACACUCCGUCUGUUUACCUUCCUAAUGCUGCUUACACGCAAAACAUACAAGCUCCCGCUGCUGCAGCUGAUCCGGCAACACAGCAACGUUAUUUGCAUCAGCAACAACUCAUAAUGCAACAGCAGCAACACCUCGCGCAACAAAAACAGCAACAGCAAAGUCAACAACAACAACAACGUGCUGCAGGUCAGCCAGAAGCUCAUUACCAGCGAACAACAGAAGGCUUGCCCCGAAGUGCGAUAGACAGAGCUGCUUCGGCCAAACUUCGGCUGGAGAACUUCUACAAAGGAACUUUGGCACAGACUAUAGAGAGAAAUCAACGUCGAAUUGAUAUGGAAAAGAGAUUACAAGCCGAAGCUGGUAGCACUGAACGCAAAAAUAGACAACUCUUGUCAUAUGGUCGGAAGGAAUCUCAAUACUUACGGUUAAGAAGAACCCGACUCGGCUUAGAUGAUUUUGUCACUGUGAAGGUCAUUGGCAAAGGUGCUUUUGGUGAAGUUAGAUUGGUUCAAGCAGCAGAUACUGGAAAAAUCUAUGCCAUGAAAACAUUGAGAAAAUCCGAGAUGUUCAAAAAGGAUCAGUUGGCACACGUCAAAGCAGAAAGAGACGUUCUUGCUGAGUCUGAUUCUCCAUGGGUUGUACAAUUGUACUUUUCCUUUCAAGACGCACAGUUCUUGUAUCUCAUCAUGGAAUUUCUUCCCGGUGGAGAUCUGAUGACAAUGUUGAUUAAAUACGAUAUCUUCAGCGAGCCUGUCACCCGAUUUUAUAUAGCAGAAUGUGUCUUGGCCAUUGAAGCCAUUCACAAAUUGGGAUUUAUCCAUCGUGACAUCAAACCGGACAAUAUAUUGAUUGAUAAGGACGGCCACAUCAAGCUCAGUGAUUUUGGUCUAUCCACUGGAUUCCAUAAAACACACGACUCACAAUACUACCAAAGGUUGAUGGAAGGAGUGCAAAACACAAAUGGUAUGGAGAGUAUAAAUUUGACUAUGUCACUCAAAGACAAGGACAAGAUAGCGACGUGGAAGAAGAACAGGAGAGCAUUGGCAUAUUCAACGGUCGGAACGCCAGAUUAUAUUGCUCCAGAGAUCUUCUUGCAACAAGGAUAUGGUCAGGAAUGUGAUUGGUGGUCACUUGGAACGAUCAUGUUUGAGUGUCUUUGCGGAUACCCACCAUUCUGCUCUGAAAAUCCACAUGAGACCUAUCGUAAAAUUAUGAACUGGCGCGAAACGCUGUAUUUUCCAGAUGAUCAACCACUGAGCAGAGAGGCUGAAGACCUCAUUAGAAGGUUGAUCUGCAAUCCAGAUCAACGCCUUGGAAGAAAUGGAGCAGACGAGAUCAAAGCACAUCCAUUUUUCUAUGGUGUCAACUGGGACCAAAUAAGAUCGCUGCCCGCUCCUCAUGUUCCUCAACUUCGUAGUAUAACAGACACUAGCUACUUCCCAACUGAAGAUCUAGAAGCUGUUCCAGAUGCUGUCGAUGCUAUGAAUCAUACUUAUGGACAGGGAGAUAACAGUGAACAAAAAGAUCUUGCGUUUGUCGGAUACACCUUCAAGCGCUUCGACUACCUCCUCACAAGGAACGCCAUAUAACCCUUUCGAUACCAUUUAUUGUAUUGAAUCCAAAGCAAUAAAAAGAGAAAAAAUAAAACCCUUUCAUUUUUGCUAGCUAA